AACAGAACAGCUUGGAAGGACGGCAGACCAAAUUUUCGAAAAACGUAUUAAUAAAAUGUAUUUAGUGCCAGAAAACUCCUCCAGUGCAAACAAGAGAACAACAGCAGGCGGCAGGGUGAAAUGGAGUGCCGCGCUUGAGUGCCUGCUGAUUGACAUAUGGCAGGAGAAAAUUGAAGAUUUGCGCGGACCACGCAAAAAUUCACAUGUGUACAUGGAGAUGGCCAAGUCCAUGAAGGAGGCUGGGCUUGAGCUUGGAUGGGGCGAGAUAAGGACAAAGCUCGAGAACUUGACCAAAAAAUACAGGAUUGAAACAUGGAUAAACAACAUGGAGCAGAGCACAUUGGACAACGACAAUCCUGAUGAGUACUUUUCGGAUAUUAUUGAGAUGGACCUGGACGGAUCUUGUAGCUCCAGCACCUUGUCUGGGCCUCCGCCAAAGAAAAAGAAAAAGACCGACAUUUCGUUGCUGGCAGAGAUCGCCCAGGAGCGUCUCGAACAACAAAAGGACCACCACGUUAGGCAGGAGAAGAUGGUGCAGGACUUGAUCAGCACCCAAACAAAAUUCCAGAACGACUUAUUAGAAGUUUUAAAAAAUAAAAAUAAAUGAGUUUUUAAUUUUCA